UCAUGCUUUUGAAGGCGGAAUGAUGACGGGUCAUUAAUUUCUCCUGUCGCAAAAGGGGCUCGAUGUUCUCAAGCAAUGAUAUCAUAACGUCAUUGACGUAGCCGGCGAUAAUAAAUAAUGAAUUUGCUCGCUUAUCACGUGGAGGCAGCGUCUGAAUAAUUUAACCCCUACGUUACUACACGAGCGUACGUCCCUUUUUGCAGCAUCAGUCAAGUAUCCCUCCCUACGACGACCUUAAUCCCUACAAUGAUGAUUUUUUCGCCUUCGAUGCUGCGUUGAGUUAGGAUAAAUCAUCCCUAAUGUUUAUGAUGAGAAUUAUAUGAUACGCAAACGGAAAUGCCUCCUGCUUGGGAUCCACCUGCCUUUGGACUACGCCACCGUAUCGCGCUGCUGUGAGCCGCAGCACCCCACAUCAGCAUCGGCACAGCUGGACAGUGGCAGCCUGGAAGCAUUGCUUCACCCUCACUGGUCAUGUGGAAACAUGUGGUAAUGAUGUUCCUCUGAAGGCCAGUGAACAUCUCAGCUGCUUUCUCUGGGACCCCCAUAUACAAUAAGACCAAAUCCAAAAUCUUCUAUAGAUCCUCCAUCCUCCUCAGAGUAUAAUUUCUUGCAGACCUUUGAACCCUUAACCAGGCUCCAAGAUGAGCGGGCUCUUUGCCAAACUGGACCCACGGCGGAUUCAAUGGGGGGCCACCUGGUUUGCCUUCCAGUCCCGCGUCCUGCGGACGAAACCGGUGGAGUCAAUGCUGGAGAGCACGGGAGGCACCGGGGCCCACGGCACUAAACUCGCCCGCGUUCUUUCAACUGUGGACCUUGUGUCUCUGGGAGUGGGAAGCUGUGUCGGCACUGGCAUGUAUGUGGUAUCUGGACUGGUGGCUAAGGAAAUGGCAGGUCCCGGGGUCAUCGUGUCUUUCAUCAUCGCUGCUGUGGCCUCCAUCCUGUCAGGGGUGUGUUAUGCUGAAUUUGGUGUGCGUGUGCCUAAAACCACAGGAUCGGCCUAUACUUACAGCUAUGUGACAGUAGGAGAAUUUGUGGCUUUUUUUAUUGGCUGGAAUCUGAUUUUGGAGUACCUGAUUGGCACAGCAGCAGGAGCCAGUGCGCUCAGCAGUAUGUUUGACUCGCUGGCCAAUCACAGCAUCAGCGGCUUCAUGAUCAACCACAUAGGAACGCUCAACGGCUUGGGUAAAGGGGAACAGGCAUAUCCGGACAUCCUGGCCCUGGUCAUAGUCAUCCUUGUCACAAUAAUAGUUGCUUUAGGCGUGAAGAACUCCGUCGGGUUCAACAACGUACUGAACGUCAUCAAUCUGGUGGUGUGGGUGUUCAUAAUGAUAGCAGGCCUGUUCUUCGUCAGUGGCAGCAACUGGGAUGAAGGACGAUUCCUGCCUUAUGGCUGGUCAGGGGUCAUGCAGGGUGCAGCCACUUGCUUCUACGCCUUUAUUGGCUUUGACAUCAUAGCUACCACCGGAGAGGAAGCCAAGAGUCCCAACACAUCCAUCCCCUACGCCAUCACUGCCUCUCUGGUCACCUGUCUCACUGCCUAUGUCUCUGUGAGUGUGAUCCUCACCCUGAUGGUCCCCUACACUGAAAUUGACACAGAUGCUCCUCUGAUGGAGAUGUUUUCUUUACACGGCUUCCAGACUGCCAAAUACAUAGUGGCCAUCGGCUCCAUCGCAGGACUGACGGUCAGUUUGUUGGGCUCUCUCUUCCCAAUGCCGAGAGUCAUCUACGCCAUGGCAGGAGAUGGUUUGCUCUUCAGAUUCCUGGCCCAUGUGAGCACAUACACAGAGACACCUGCAGUGGCCUGUGUGGUGUCAGGCUUCCUCUCUGCUCUCUUGGCUUUGCUCGUCAGUCUGAGGGACCUGAUCGAGAUGAUGUCCAUUGGCACUCUGCUAGCCUACACGCUAGUGUCAGUCUGUGUGCUACUGCUGCGUUACCAGCCCGAAGGAGACAUCCACGGAUUCGUCAACUUCCUUUCUGAGCAGAAUGCAAAACGUAAAGAGGGAGUGCUGGCUGAGUGUGAGAAGGAAGCCUGUUCACCUGUCAGCGAAGGCGAUGAUUAUGGAGGAGCUCCAACAAACACCUGUGGAGCCAAGAACUUGCCGUCUCUAGGAGACAAUGAGAUGCUGAUCGGAAAACCUGACAAGUCCACCUAUACCGCCAGUCACCCCAACUACGGCACAGUGGACAUGUCCUCAGGCAUUGAAUCGGAUGAGACAGAUAGCGUGUACCUGCUGAAGCUGAAGAAACUGUUGGGGCCUCGCUAUUACACCAUGCGCAUUCGACUCGGCCUGCCUGGCAAGAUGGACAGGCCCACUAUGGCCACCGGCCGCAUUGUCACCCGCUGUGUCGUUCUGCUCUUCAUCCUCAUCUUCUGCUUCUGCUCUCUCAUUAUCUUCGGGUCGGGUCAGAUCGCCGAUGGCCAGUGGUGGGCUGUCCUGCUGCUAGUGUUGCUACUGCUUGUCAUCACACUUUUGAUCUUCAUCAUCAUCCAGCAGCCGGAGAACCCCAAACGCCUGCCAUACAUGGCUCCCUGCGUUCCCUUCGUCCCGGCCUCCGCUAUGCUGGUAAAUGUUUACCUCAUGCUCAAGCUCUCCACCAUCACAUGGAUCCGUUUUGGCGUAUGGUGCUUUGUGGGUGUUCUGAUCUACUUCGGUUACGGCAUGUGGAACAGCACCCUGGAAAUCACGGCACGCGAGGAGGAGGCCCACGCCAGCACAUACCAGCGUUACGACAUGGGUGUGGAUGACAACUUUGCAGUGGAUGACGACCUGUACCCUUCUGGAGACGGAGGGCCGUACCAAAGCUGGGGCUCCCACGAGGGCAAAGGUGGGCACCAGAAACAACAACACAAGGAAAAGAGUGAGCCUCAGCCCGACGGCCAGGACAGGGUGGACAACCACAGGACCUCCUCUUCCUCCUCACACAGCAGGGCCAAAAGCAAAGCUGGCAAACCCAGUCCGGGCUUUGAGGCGCUGGUAGUCGAUGACGAUUUGGACGAUCCUUUAGAAUGAGAAUGUAAUCCGAAUGUACUCGCCUGCCAACAACUGCAGAACCCUUGGGCUAGGUUGUUAUGUCUCUGCAAUGAGUUUUUCUUUUCUUCCUAUUCCUUCAUCUGCAGCCCUUUUUCACUACUGAUAGGAUAAUGAAAACGAAUAGGAUGGGAUUUAACUUUUAGAAGGACCACACAGAACCUAAAGAGACCAAAUGUUCCUUGUUUCUUAAAUUAAUUUUAACAGUUUGAUCCCUUCUAAUUGUAAUCAUCUUACCAAACUCUUCAGCACUUAUAUAUGUAUAAUCUAUUGUUUCACUUAAAACCAACAGUCCUCCCCCCAGCCACCAAAUUACAUUUAACUAGCAUGAAAUUUAUUAUCUGACAAGUAGUUUAUUACAGCCCUGACUGUAUCACAGUCCCACAGCUUUUCUCAAUAUGAGCAUCUUUCAGCUGUCAGGAGGAUGUCCGUUCACAGGUCACUUCCUGUAGUCGAUUAGCCCCAACGUUAUGUGGGGUUGAUAUAAAGCCAGGAAACAUUGCCAUGUGAAGCCCUUAAAACACUUAAAGCAAUUUGCACACUGUUGUUAUUAGGUAAGUUGCUGAUUUCUCAAUCAAUUUUAAAGAGAUAGUUCACCCAAAAAUGCAAAUUCUGUCAUUAAUUACUCACCCUCGUGUCAUUCUAAUUCUGUAAGACCUUUAUCUUCAGAACAUAUGUUUAGAUAUUUUUAAUGAAAUCCGAGAGCUUUCUGACCCUGCAUACAGUAGACAGCAAAGCAACUGACAACACUGUAAAAAAUAAAAAACACAAUUUGUUGAGUCAGCUUAAAAUAAUUUGUUACCCUGCUGCCUUAAAAUUUUAAGUUCAGUCAACUAAAAUAAGUUUAGUCAACUUGAAAUGUUAAGUUGUACUAAGUAACAACUUAGAUAUUUGUGUUUGCUAAACUUAAUAGAUGGGUAAGUAACCCAGCUGCCUUAAAAUUUUAAGUUGAUUCAACUCAAAUAUCUAAGUUGUCACUUAGUACAACUUAACAUUUCAAGUUGAAUAAUCUUUUUUUGAGUUGACUGAACUUAAAAUUUUAAGGCAGCCAGUUUACAAAUUAUUUUAAGUUGACUCAACAAAUUUUUUUUUUUUUUACAGUGAAGUUCAAACCCCAGAAUGGUAGUUCGGACAUUGUUAAAAUAGUCCAUGCGACAUCAGUGGUUCAACCUUAAUUUUAUAAAGGUACGAGAAUACUUUCUGUGCGUAGAGAGAACAAAAAUAAAGACUUUAUUUAACAAUUUCCACAUAGCUUCUCGUAGCUUUAUUAAAUUAAGAUUGAACCACUAAACCGCCUUGAACGUGUCAGUUGCGUUGCUGAAUUUUAUCAAAAAUAUCUUGAAUUUUAUCAAAAAUAUCUUAAUUAGUGUUUUGAAGAUGAACAAAGGUCUUACAGGUUUGGAACGACAAGAGGGUGAGUAAUUAAUGACAGAAUUUUCAUUUCUGGGUGAACUAUCCCUUUGAUAUUGCAUACAAAAAGGUUCGUUUUGAGAAGCAAAGCUAGAUGAUAGCCAUAAAAUGUGACUGGAAAUGAUACAUUUUGAAUGAGAGUUAAAAGGCCCCACUGAAUCAAAGGCCUCAUUCUCUUCCGCUCUAACAUCUAGCCCAAGUGAGGUUUGGACUGUAGGUUGUCACAAAUAGUAAUUGGACUUUGCUUGCAAUAGUGCCUUCAUCUGUCAGUGUGUGCUUUAAAUAUGACCAUCAAGUUGUCCAUGCUUGUUUGUUUGUCAUUUCUGUCGAUGCCGACAUAUCCAUGGGUUUGUUUUCCUGGUGAAGGUGCCUGUCAGCCGUCCCGUGUCACCACGACCAUCAUUUCAUCCUAUGUGCCAGUGACUCCGCUUCAUCCUUGCAAGCAGGCAGCUCUGUGUAAAUACCGACGGUGUGACCACAGUACGAUUUGUGUCUCUUGGCUGGUCAGUGUGUCCGUUGAAAAAA